CGCAAUAGUCAUUCAAAACGGCUGCACGAAGGGGGCGUGGUUACAGUAUCAUUGACACUGACUGAAGCACCGCUGCUCGCGACAACAGUCAGCUGGGGAGAGGCAGGCGAUUGCGCGCGCGCGUGCCGACCAACCGGGAAGCGAAGCGCAAGCCGAGCAAGACCCCGUACAACGGCGCAGGCUACAAGUCGAGGAGAUUUCUACCCACUACAUCCAUUCCGUCCCCAUCAUGGCCGACCCAGCGGCUGCGGAGGGCGCGGGGGGCGCGCGAGGCUUCGCCAGGCAGGGCGCGCUGAGGCAGAAGAACGUGCACGAAGUGAAGAACCACAAGUUCAUCGCGCGCUUCUUCAAACAACCGACCUUCUGCAGCCACUGCACCGACUUCAUCUGGGGUUUCGGCAAGCAAGGCUUCCAGUGUCAAGUGUGUGGUUUCGUGGUCCACAAACGCUGCCAUGAGUUUGUUACAUUCUCCUGCCCCGGGGCCGACAAGGGCCCCGCAUCAGAUGACCCUCGAAGUAAGCAUAGGUUCAAGGUACACACAUACUCCAGCCCCACAUUCUGUGACCACUGUGGUUCUCUACUGUACGGGCUCAUACACCAGGGGAUGAAAUGCGACACUUGUAUGAUGAAUAUUCAUAAACGAUGCGUGGAGAAUGUUCCCAGCCUGUGUGGAACAGACCACACAGAGAGGAGAGGACGGCUGCAUAUCAGUGCUAGUAUCACAAAUAAUGUUCUCACAGUGACUGUCAAGGAAGCUCGUAACUUGGUGCCAAUGGAUCCAAACGGCCUGUCAGAUCCAUACGUGAAGCUUAAAUUAAUUCCAGACCCAAAGAGCGAGAGCAAGCAGAAGACCAAAACCAUCAAGUGCUCCCUCAAUCCUACCUGGGACGAACACUUCAGCUUUAACCUCAGAGAUACAGAUAAAGACAGGCGUUUGUCAGUGGAGGUGUGGGAUUGGGAUCUGACCAGCAGAAAUGACUUCAUGGGGUCGAUGUCUUUUGGCAUCUCUGAGCUGCAGAAACAAGGUGUCGACGAAUGGUUUAAGUUGCUGGGCCAAGAGGAAGGGGAGUAUUUCAACGUUCCAGUUCCACCAGACGGCGAGGAGGGCAAUGAAGAACUGCGGCAGAAAUUUGAGAGAGCCAAGAUUGGCCCUGGCACUAAGAAUACAGAUGGCUCUUCAAAGAAUGACAUCUCCAAAUACGAUACCAAUGGCAACCAAGACCGCAUGAAGCUCUCAGACUUCAACUUCAUCAUGGUGCUGGGCAAAGGCAGCUUUGGCAAGGUGAUGCUCGCCGAGCGUAAAGGCUCAGAUGAGCUGUAUGCAGUGAAGAUCUUGAAGAAGGAUGUGGUCAUUCAGGAUGAUGAUGUGGAAUGCACUAUGGUGGAGAAGAGAGUUCUCGCUCUCUCUGGCAAACCACCCUUCCUCACCCAGCUCCACUCGUGCUUUCAGACCAUGGACCGUCUUUACUUUGUGAUGGAGUAUAUCAACGGUGGAGAUUUGAUGUAUCAAAUACAACAAGUGGGAAAAUUUAAGGAACCCCAUGCUGUGUUCUAUGCUGCAGAAAUUGCCAUCGGCUUGUUCUUUCUUCAAUCAAAGGGCAUUGUUUACAGAGAUCUGAAGCUGGAUAAUGUGAUGUUGGAUGCUGAAGGCCACAUUAAAAUUGCAGAUUUUGGCAUGUGCAAAGAGAACAUGUUUGAUGGGGCCACAACCAAAACCUUCUGUGGCACUCCAGACUACAUUGCCCCAGAGAUCAUUGCAUAUCAGCCGUAUGGCAAGUCUGUUGACUGGUGGGCUUAUGGAGUUCUCCUCUAUGAAAUGCUGGCAGGACAGCCCCCUUUUGAUGGUGAGGAUGAAGAUGAGCUUUUCCAGUCAAUCAUGGAGCAUCAUGUGUCUUACCCCAAAUCCAUGUCCAAAGAAGCAGUGGCCAUAUGCAAAGGGCUGAUGACCAAGCAUCCAGGGAAGCGUCUGGGCUGUGGACCGGAGGGAGAGCGAGACAUUAAGGAACACGCUUUCUUCCGCUACAUGGACUGGGAAAAACUGCAAAAUAUGGAAGUUCAACCUCCCUUCAAGCCCAAGGCAAAAAAUCGACGUGACACAGGUAAUUUUGACAAGGAGUUCACCAAGAUGGCGGUUGAGCUGACACCAACGGAUAAACUCUUCAUUAUGAAUCUGGACCAAAAUGAAUUCCAAGGCUUCUCCUACACCAACCCUGAGUUUGUCAUUCAAGUUUAACACCAAACUCCAGUUGAUUGCUCCAUACAGGUGUGAGAGCAGGACAUGGUCUUAUUACCCAGAAAGCAUUCUUUUGUCCCUGUGCCAUCUUAAUUGUCCUCUCUCUUCACCUAAAAAGGCACAAACCCAGCAGGUUCAUACAGAACCAAACCAGGAUUAUACUCAGUCUCAACCAAGGCCUCAGAAACUCUGAAAUGAAUUUGCCAGAGGAGAGAGAAUGGUUAUAAAAGAGUGUAUUCACAGUCUCCAUGAGAAUGUCUUGUGUUUUCAUCUCCAUGAGAAUUAUCCUC